AUGAAGGUGGCGGCGAUCCUGUGCUUAUUUUUAUUGACUCUUGUUUCGGCACCUGUGUGGGGUAGAUCAGUAAAAACGAAAGAUGGUAAGAAAAUAUCUUUUCUUUAUUACUUCAAAAAGGGCCGUACUGUGGCAAUCUUGGAAAAAAUUUGAACUUUCGUUUGUGUAUCUAUAGGCUAACAAGGCAAUAUAUGCCAAGGAAAUAUACUUAACAGAGUUUUUUCUAGUACGUACUUAUAUAAACUCUAUUAGAAUCUUAGUGUAGCUACCACCCUUCCCCGUGACGGUAUUGUUUUCUAUCUAUACCACCUACUGUUUAGUAAGAUGUUUAUUUGCAACUGAAAUCAUCAAGCAAGAGAUGUUUGUGCAUUUCAAAUGUUUUAAUGCCUGUACUUUUAGUUUCACAUUACAUGCCACACAUAGUAAAAAAUCGCGGCAUCCCCGGUUUUACGCUGUUAAACGCCUCGAAUACGUAGACCUGAAUCGGGACAACAAAUAAUGUCUAUCGAGAUUAAGAUGUCGUCGGGCUAUACUUAAGUUUAGGAAGAAAAUCUGUAAAAAGUAACUACAAUGAAACCGUUUAUUUGAGGUGGUAAUUGUACAAUCAUCUCUGUAUUUCCGAGUUGCCUUACUUUUUUUGAGUAAAUUUAUUAAUACAAAUAAGAGAAGAAAGUAUUGAAAUUAAUAAAAAAGAAAAAUUGAAUCGACACACAGUAACUGGUUGAAUUGUUUUUCUUAUGUAAAAUAUGUAUAAAUUGUUUUGUUUUUCUUUUGAAUUUUAGCUACUGAAUUAAAUAGAAGUGAAACUAAGGAUUCACGUGAAAAAGAAGAGUCAAAUGGAGGUACGAAAUCUCGAUUGCCUCUGCGAGAGUCUUUCAGGCGGUGUCAUAAAUGCUAAGAAGUCCACCCUUUUUACAAUAUGUAAAAGGUAGUCUUAUAGAGCAGAAAGAGCUGCGAUGAAAGAAAAGCUAGAUUCUUAACAGUUAACCACAAGUACUGAGGGCGAUUAGAAGGAUGAAAGAGCUACGUUAAAGAUAUUUUUAAAUCGUGUUAUAUAACCGUUUUCCAGGAAUACUGGUCAGUGAACAACACGCCUUGAGCUUGAGUGAUAGCUAGCAGUUAAUAUAAUCAAAUUCAAUGAACUGUACCUCUGGACAAUUACUUGAGUCGUCGAAGUCUUAACAGUGCUCAAAUAACUAGUUUAACAGCCUCUGCAUGGCUUUUAUCAACGUAUAGAAGUCGAGCCUUACUCCAAAGCGUAGGUCGCUUUUGCAUGAUGUGUGACUGCAUUUGUUCCAGCAGCGUCUUUUUUCUCAGCCCUUGAGGUGCAUGCGAGUUGCACAGAAAGCCGCCAGGAAGGACUGUAUAUAAUAAAUAUCCAAAAAAAGCUGUUAUAGUUUGUAGAGCGUACCUCUUUCGCAUUGUUUUCCAUGUUAUUUACAUAGAUGGAGGCUGCUUGCCCUAGCGGUCCGGUUAGUGCGCUGGAAUUGUAAUCCGGAGGCCUCGGGUUCAAUGCCCUCCUUAAACGCAAGCUGGAUAUACUCUCGUUAGUCCUGAGUUCGAUCCUCAGUCACCCUUCUAAAUAAAGAACUCGGGUUUGCCUCAGGCGAGUUGGGAUUCUUAACCUUGUGGGCCACAAUGAAAACUAUUAGUUAACCAUUCAUUUUGCGACCUCAAUAAAGUAAAUUUUUGAAUGCAUUUUAUAAAGGCUAGAAGGAACAAAUUCGAGUGUGCGUUAGCAUUGCUGGUACUUACCCAAUUGAAAUGAGCUAUUCUUGUACAAGGGUCUAUGCGUACCCUCCUCCACAAAAUUAAGACUUCUUAAGUUAAUUUCCCCUAAAAGUGGGACCCUGUUAUUCAUUUUUCGAAAUAGCACCUGCAGAUCGCAUUGUAGUAGUGUCUGGUAAAUAUUUCGUCUGGCAAAAAGGUUUUAUCCCAGAAAUGCCUGAGAGAGCAGUCAGAGAGUGUUCUGAUACAUUUACACAUGCUACAAUUAUUAAGAAACUCAGUGCUCCUGAGACAAUUCUUUCCCGUAAAAAGUACUGUGUCAACAACAGGGACCAACACAUGUUUCAGACACUUAAUUUCAACCUUUAUUUUUUGAUACAGAAAUCAGCGAUGCUCAGAAGGAUGCCGAGGCAAAUAAAUGCACUUGCGAAAUUCCAGAAGAUGACAAUCAGCAGAAAUCAAGAUGUGAAGAAAAAUGCGAUUGCUCCAAACAGGAUACCAAAAAGUGCAGGAUAGAUACAAAGAGCUGCAACUGCGAGCCAGGAAGUAAAAAGAAAAACAUUCAGUGCCAGAAAGAAAAAGAUGGGUUGAAAGGAGUUGACACAAAUACAAAUGCUACCAAGAAAUGUAACUGCCAAUGUAGUGAAAGGUCCAGAACGGGAAAGGCAGCUUUUGCCCAAAUGUCCGAUGACCCCUCUGUCUUGGCUGUUGCACCACUAUCUCCGCAAACCAACAUUGGUCAGGGAAUGCGCAAAGGAAGAGGAUCCAAGAAGUGCUGCUGUUGCGACUGCUGCCAUGAUUGUUGCUGUCACUGCUGCGAACCUUGUUGUUGCUGCUGCCACUGUUGCGAGCCAUGUUGCUGCUGCUGCUGUCACGAGUGCUGCUGCCCAUGCUGCUGUCACUGCUGUCAUUGCUGUCCAUGCUGCUGCCAUUGCUGCUGCAAGAAAUCGAAACCGUCCGAUCAAAUGCCUCAAGCGAUCAACCCACUGA